CCUGCCCAACUUCUCUCUCUCUCUAAACAUCGUCCGACACUCUCUUUCCCCCUCAUACCAUCUCAUCUCCAACGAUGCCGGUGCAUUCCGGCAUAGAAUCCCCCCUCCUCCGUCACCGUGAGCUGCCGGAGCAGCCGCCAUCAAUCCCCAUCUUCCGGCCGAGUAUCUGGAUCUUAUCCAUCGCUACUCUUCUUCUCUUUUUAGGGCAAGCUCUAUUCUUCAAUUCCAGCCACGGCGAUCGGGGAAUACACCUGCAAAGCACCGGCGGAUCAGAUAUUGUAGAAUCUGACAUCGGUGUCGUGGCGACGGACGAUUUGCGGUGCUCAAGGAUUGGGGUAGAGGCCCUAAAGGCCGGCGGGCACGCGGUGGAUGCUGCUGUGGCUGCAGCGCUGUGCCUUGGAUUCGUGCAUCCAAUGUCUAGUGGGAUCGGCGGCGGCCGGCCGGCUGGAUCGUCGACGGCGGAUUCGUUUGAUUCUCGGGAAACAGCUCCGAUGGCGGCAUCUGAAAACAUGUAUGAGAACAACCCCGCAGCAAAGAGGAAAGGUGCACUCUCCAUGGGGAUUCCAGGAGAGCUCGCAGGCCUCCAUGCCGCAUGGUUGAGGUACGGGAAGCUCCCAUGGAAGGAUCUCUUUCGCCCAGCAAUAGAGCUUGCAAGGUAUGGCAUCCCUCUGCCACUUUAUCUUGCUCAAAUUAUCAAAAAGUCCGAGAAAGACAUCAUGGCCGAUCCGGGGCUGCGACAAGUUUUCGCUCCCAAUGGCAAACUACUACAGAUUAACGAUACUUAUUCAAACCCCAAGCUCGCUGCUUCCUUGGAGAUAGUCUCCAUUAAUGGCCCAAAAGCUUUCUACAACGGUACCGUCGGAGAGAACUUCAUCCAUGAUUUGCGGAAUGCCGGUGGAAUCGCAACCAUGGAGGAUCUUCGGAGUUAUAAGGUCGAAGUGAAGGAAGCUGUCGCUGCAGAUGUUAUGGGUUACAGAGUCUUCGGCAUGCCUCCUCCUUCUAGUGGAACAGUUGGGCUGUCUCUGGUUCUAAACAUUUUAGGUGGCUACAAGUCUCUGGAUGAAGUUAAAGGCUUGCUCGGGCUACACCGCCUCGUAGAAGCAUUCAAACACAUGUUUGCCAUCCGAAUGAACCUUGGAGAUCCUGAUUUUGUUAACGUGACCGGCCAUGUUUCCACCAUGCUUUCACCUUCAUUUGCAGAAAAAAUUAGGCAGAAAAUAUUUGAUAACACUACCUUUGAUCCAAGUUACUAUCUUCCGAAAUGGAGUCAGUUAAGAGACCAUGGAACAAGCCAUUUAUGUGUUGUUGAUGCGGAGCGAAAUGCAAUAUCCAUGACCACCACAGUAAACAGCUAUUUCGGGGCAGGGGUGCUCUCUCCGUUGACUGGUAUUGUUGUCAAUAAUGAGAUGGAUGAUUUUUCCAUCCCAACUGAUGUUUCUUCAGAUCAUCUUCCACCAGCUCCGGCGAACUUCAUCCAGCCGCAGAAGAAGCCUCUUUCUUCCAUGACUCCUCUCAUCAUCCUUAAGAACAAGCAGCUGGCUGGAGUUGUUGGUGCCAGUGGUGGAAUGUAUAUUAUUCCAGCAGUUGUUCAAGUUUUCCUCAACCAUUUUAUUCUCGGUUUUGAUCCUCUGGAAGCAGUUCAAAGACCAAGAGUAUACCAUAAGCUCAUCCCAAACGUUGUGCUGUAUGAGAACUGGACGGCCAUUGAUGAUGAACAGAUACAAGUCUCCCUCGAAGCGCAGACAUUCUUGAAGCAAAGAGGUCACCAACUCCGCAACAUCUCCGGGGGCUCGGUCGCCCAAUUUGUCGUCCAUAACCUUCAAAAUCCAGUUCCGGUUGUCGAAGAAAGAAAAGAUGGGAUCUUUUAUGGUAAGCUCACUGCUGUCAGUGAUCCUAGAAAAGAUGGAGGACCUGCAGGGAUUUGAGACUCCCAUUUCUCCACUGUCUGGUGUCCCAGCAUUCACUCGCAAUGAAGAAGGUAUGCUUCAUGCAUUAAAGAUGUUUUGUGCAAAUAUAUACAUCUAAUGUGUGUGUCUGUGUGAUAUUUGUAAUCCAAAAAUCGGUGUUAGUGUAACAUACUUGUGCCUGUUUCAGUGUAAAUUCUGUAUUAAAGAAACUUAGACUAUUGUGAUUGAUGAACAGUUGGGCAUCUGAAGGUAAUGUAAAAUCUACUUGUUUAAU